CUUGAUGCAGCCUCCCAGGUGGGCUCCAAGGAGAAUCCCGGACCGUACGUGAUGUCCCUGUGGGAUGGGUGGGCUGAAGGGGACGGCCCUCUUCAGUGUCUCGGACAAGACCGGCCUAGUAGAAUUUGCAAAAUGUCUUGGUUCUCUUGGUUUGGGAUUAGUUGCCUCUGGAGGAACAGCCAAAUCCCUUAGGGAUGCUGGUCUGCAGGUCAGAGAUGUGUCUAAUCUGACUGGAUUUCCUGAAAUGUUAGGGGGGCGCGUGAAAACCCUUCAUCCUGCAGUCCAUGCUGGAAUACUGGCUCGCAGCAUACCAGAAGAUAAAGCUGAUAUGGACAAACAGGAUUUCAGCCUUGUAAGAGUUGUGGUUUGUAACUUGUAUCCCUUUGUAAAGACUGUCUCUUCUCCAAAUGUGACUGUAGAGGAAGCAGUUGAAAAAAUUGACAUUGGAGGAGUAGCCCUGCUGAGGGCUGCUGCAAAGAACCAUGCUCGUGUGACUGUUGUAUGUGAUCCUGAAGACUAUUCCUGUGUAGCUAAGGAGAUGAAGUCAUCCAGUAACACAGACACCUCCCUGGAAAUCAGACGCCAGCUGGCACUAAAGGCCUUCACCCACACUGCCCAGUAUGAUGCUGCAAUCUCUGAUUACUUCAGGAAGGAAUACAGUAAGGGGGUGUGUCAGCUUUCUCUGCGGUAUGGCAUGAACCCUCAUCAGACCCCUGCACAGCUCUAUACACUGAGACCUAAGCUUCCUUUGACAGUUGUGAAUGGAUCUCCUGGGUUUAUCAACUUGUGUGAUACGCUGAAUGCCUGGCAGCUGGUGAAAGAACUUAAGCUGUCUUUAGGCAUUCCUGCUGCAGCCUCAUUCAAACACGUCAGUCCUGCAGGUGCUGCUGUUGGAAUACCACUUACCUUGGAAGAGGCUCAAGUCUGCAUGGUGCAUGACUUCCACCAGACUCUCACGCCUUUGGCAUCUGCAUAUGCACGAGCAAGAGGUGCUGAUCGGAUGUCUUCAUUUGGUGACUUUAUUGCUCUGUCUGACAUUUGUGAUGUUCCAACUGCUAAAAUCAUUUCUCGAGAGGUGUCUGAUGGUGUGGUGGCUCCAGGUUAUGAGGAAGAAGCUCUCAAAAUCCUCUCCAAAAAGAAAAAUGGGGGCUACUGUAUUCUCCAGAUGGACCCUUAUUAUGAGCCAGAUGAGAAUGAGAUUCGAACCCUCUAUGGAUUGCAUCUCAUGCAGAAGAGGAAUAAUGCAGUUAUUGACCAGUCUCUGUUCACGAAUAUUGUUACCAAAAAUAAAAAUCUGCCUGAGUCUGCUUCCCGAGACUUGAUUGUUGCCAGUAUCGCUGUCAAAUACACCCAAUCCAAUUCAGUUUGUUAUGCCAAGAAUGGGCAGGUUAUCGGGAUUGGAGCUGGCCAGCAGUCCCGAAUUCACUGCACACGUCUUGCUGGUGACAAGGCAAACCAUUGGUGGCUCAGACAUCACCCACGGGUGCUCUCCAUGAAGUUCAAGGCUGGAGUGAAGAGAGCAGAGAUCUCCAAUGCCAUCGAUCAGUAUAUCACCGGGACUAUUGGUGAGGGUGAUGAUCUAGUUAAAUGGCAGGCAGUGUUUGAGGAGGUCCCUGCACAGUUAACGGAAGCAGACAAGAAGGAAUGGAUUGGCAAACUGAAUGCAGUCUCCCUCAGCUCGGAUGCAUUCUUCCCUUUUAGGGAUAAUGUAGACAGAGCUAAGCGGAGUGGAGUACAGUUUAUUGCUGCCCCGUCUGGCUCGGCUGCUGACCAGGUUGUGAUCGAAGCCUGUGAUGAACUGGGAAUUGUUCUCAUUCACACCAACCUCCGACUGUUCCAUCACUGAUUCCACUGUGGGCUGUCAUAGCUGGUAGUCCUCAUUUGGCAAUGGGCUUGUCUAGAACAGUGACUGUAACUUUACUGGUUAAGUUUGGAAACCCAUUCUGUGAACACACAGAGAAUAUUCUUGUAUAAUCAAUAAAUAACCUUCCCUCCACCACCACAACCACUGCUAUUGUCUGUGAAUUAAUAGAAAAGAAGUUGAUCUCUUUUGAAAAUAAACAUGCAAUUUCUGGUUGUACUGAG